GGAUGAAAACGAUCGAUAGCGCAAAAAAUAAAAUCGAUAGUGGCCGAGAAAUUUACCAGCGAUAAUAUCCGAUAGUCAUAUCGCUUAUAUUGCAGCACUAUGAGCACAUUGCCAUGUCCAAGCCAUCUAUACUAAUAAUAGAACCAUUUUAUGGAGGUAGCCACAAACAGUUGAUUGAUACAAUUAUCGAAUGUUUGAACAUCUGUGACUAUGAAAUAUUUAGUCUACCAGCCAAAAAAUGGCAUUGGCGUGCACGUACCGGAGCCCUGUACUUCUCGCAAAUCAUACCAGCAGACCAUGACUACAAAGUGCUCUUCACCAGCUCGGUACUAAACCUUGCCGAGCUGCUGGGGGUGCGGCCGGAUUUGGUUAGCUGUAAGAAGAUUGUAUAUUUCCACGAAAACCAGCUGGUUUACCCAGUGCGUGAGGUGAAGGAGCGUGAUUGUCAAUAUGGUUUGAAUCAAAUACUUACAUGCCUUGCAGCUGAUAAUAUCAUCUUCAACUCGAAUUUCAACCGAACUUCCUUCUUGGACAGUAUCACACCUUUCCUCAGUAUACAACCCGACUUUAAAAUGAAGCAUAUCCGCGACAAGAUUGAGAAAAAGUGUGAAGUUCUGUACUAUCCUAUUAAGUUCCAUGCCUUCCCCAAUAAACGACUGAUGAUCGGCGGCGCGGAACCAUCCCUAACUUCGUUGAUGAGUGAUAAAGACUGCUUGCAUCUGAUAUGGCCACAUCGUUGGGAGCACGACAAAAAUCCAAAACUGCUGGUAGAAGUGUUAUUGGAACUUAACAAGCGACAGGUCGACUUCAAAGUGACGAUAUGUGGUGAGAAUUAUCAGGCGGCACCAGAGUCCUUCGAUGGUCUGCAAGACAAACUGGGGGCAAAGCUGAUAAACUUCGGAUUCUUGCCACGAGAUAAGUACAUUAAGACGUUAUUGUCCGGCGAUGUAGUAAUCUCGACGGCAGGGCAUGAGUUCUACGGUGUAGCUAUGCUGGAAGCUACGUACUGCGGCUGUAUGCCAAUAGCGCCCAACAAAUUAGUAUAUCCUGAGAUAUAUCCCAAAGAGAAUUUGUACAACACAUCCAAUCAGCUCAUUAAAAUGCUAUACAACUGGUGUCGUAAUCCGGAACUUUUUCGUCGUCAAAGAGAUUCAUUUUUCGAAUAUUUUACAUUCGACCGCUACUCAGCUCAACAUUUAGUGCCUAAAUUCCUCGAGAAGCUGCGCAUUUAAUGUCGCAUAUUCUCGCAAGGUCGAUUUUUGAAUAGAUUUGGUGCAAUAAUUAUUGAAGCAAAAAAUAAUAUAAUGUGGAAAAGGUUUGAAAUUAAA